GUCGUUUCGCGUUUUGAGACAUCACACAACCCUAUGAACUAAUAGGAAGGUUGAGAGGUGCGCCCUGACAGGUAUUUCCCGGCCUUUGUGUGAUAUGGGGUUGUGAUCCACAUGAAGACGAAGGACGUGUGCCCCGAAACCGAAGGGUGUUUCAUCAGCGGUUGAGUUCCGGGAACUUCGAAGUACCAUAUGUGUCUGCGAAUAUUCAGCAUCCCCAUGACCCGGGGAAGAGCGAUGAUUGUUUUGUUAUUCAGAAAAAAUAAAAAAAAUAAACCAAAUCUGUUCGUGACACGCAUUUGUGGAGUACCACAUCAAGACUCCGAAGGCUCUGGUGUGCCUGUGGUUCUGCAUCAUGUUGGACAAAACCGAUCAUUUUGGACCGUCGUGCUGUUCGCAGGAUCGAUGAAAGCCUUUAGCGCGCACUCCCACAAAACCUCGCAUUGAUCUGCGGGUAGCAGAUGUCGAUCCAUCACCCUGACCGAUCCUUCCACAGGACCACAGGUCCUUCGAGAAGGGUUAUCAGCCUGUGUGGGACUGCGCUAAAACCCGAAGCUGGAGCGCCCCAGGAAAGCUGACAGUGCAGAUAUCGACAGGAGCAAUAAUAAUCAUAGCCAUGAUCGGAAGAAUUUGGUUAUCAACCGAGUACAGAGCCGCCAUCACAGCGACAAUGAUUUGUUUAAUGGAAGGGGUGAACAACCCCAUGCUGCUGACACAAGAUCCGCGGUAUGCCGAGGAGGAACAUCCGCAUUUGCUGGGAAGCUUCAAACUUCGUGCCCAACUCAACUUUGUACCCCUGUCAUCGUAUCUUUUUCCAGAAGAACUGGAGAAACUCGGCGUCCAAUCUCGCGGUUUGGCUGGGGCGGUUGGUAUGUUGAACAGGAAGUUUCUGCUCCAGCCUGGCCGACCCUCUGCGCUCAGUGCCUGGAGAAGGAUACCGUCGCCUGGCGGGAAAAAAACGCCAAGCCGCCGCCCCCCGGCACCGCCAAGCCAAUCCCCCGCAAUUUCCACCCCAGGCGGUUCCCCGACGCCCAUUGGCCCGCAUGCGAUGUUCCCCUCCACAGUCCGGGAGCGUGGAGGUACCUCAAGAAUGGAGUAUGCUAAGGUACCUGGGCCCCCGGAGUCCACGUAA